AGCCGGGCUUGAACAUACACCCACGAAACAUUUGAAUGGGGCCCCCAUUUUUGUGGGGCCCCCAUUUUACAAAAAAAAAUUAUUUAUACAUAUAUAUUCAUAUAUAUUUAUAUAUAAAUGUGAAUAUUGAAUUAAAAAUAAACAAAAAUACAUUUAUAUUAUGCAUAAAUUUAACUGAAAGUAACAGGUCUUUUCUUAUUAUAAUUUAAAAAUGAAUACUUUUUUUUUGAUAAACAAUACAAUACAUAAUUCAAACAAAGUUUUGCUAAUAGAUCCCAAGAGGAUAUUAUUGAGAUUUCCAGGAAAUUACAGGAGGCCUACAAGGAUGAGGAGGAGUAUUGGCAUCAGAAGAGUCGAAAUAUGUGGUACUCAUCCGGGGAUUUGAACACUAAGUUUUAUCAUGCUCUGACAAAGCAACGGCGGAUCCGAAACAAAAUAGUGGGCCUCCAUGAUGAUGCGGGUAAUUGGAUCACAGAUGAUAACGGAGUUGAGAAGGUGGCUGUAGAUUAUUUUGAUGGUUUAUUUAAUUCCACUAAUCCUACGGAGUUUGAUAGUUUCCUGGAGGAGAUAGGACCAUCAAUUUCUCCUCAGAUGAAUCAAAGGCUAUUGCGGUUAGCAACAGAGGAAGAAGUGAGACAAGCUUUAUUUAUGAUGCAUCCGGAGAAAGCGCCAGGUCCGGAUGGAAUGACAGCUCUUUUUUUUCAGCAUUCCUGGCAUGUUAUUAAAAAGGAUGUGGUCGAACUGGUGAAUAAUUUUUUGGUAUCAGGUGAUUUGGAUCCAAGGCUAAACAUAACUAAUAUUUGUAUGAUACCAAAAGUAGAGAGACCGACAAGGAUGACGGAACUGAGGCCAAUAAGUCUUUGUAAUGUGGGCUAUAAAAUAAUUUCAAAGGUUUUAUGUCAAAGGCUGAAAAGUUGUCUUCCCAGACUAAUUUCAGAGACACAAUCGGCUUUUGUGGCAGGAAGGUUAAUUUCGGAUAACAUUCUUAUCGCGCAGGAAAUGUUUCAUGGUUUGAGAGCAAACAAGUCCUGUCAAAAUAAGUUCAUGGCAAUCAAAACAGAUAUGAGUAAGGCAUAUGAUCGGAUAGAGUGGAAUUUUAUUGAGGCUCUCCUUCAAAAAAUGGGUUUUGAUCCUCAUUGGAUUAAAUUAAUGCGAGAGUGUGUCUCUUCGGUUCAAUAUAGGGUGCUUCUCAAUGGACAGCCACGAGGUCUAAUUAUUCCCCAGCGGGGAUUACGUCAAGGCGAUCCUUUAUCCCCUUAUUUAUUUAUCAUGUGUACGGAGGCGUUAAUUUCAAAUAUUAAAAAGGCGGAGCGGAUGAAACAAUUAACCGGUAUGAAAGUGGCAAGAGCUUGCCCUGCAAUCUCUCAUUUGUUAUUCGCAGAUGAUAGUUUGUUCUUUUGUAAGGCAAACAAGGAAGAGUGUCAAACUAUACUCAGGAUUCUAAAGGAAUAUGAGACUGUCUCUGGACAACAGAUUAAUUUCCAGAAAUCCUCAAUUCAAUUUGGACAUAAGAUUGAUGAAGAUAGUCGUCAAGAAUUAAGGGAUAUUUUGGGAAUUCAGAAUUUAGGUGGAAUGGGAUCUUAUUUAGGCCUGCCCGAAAGUCUAGGAGGUUCUAAGGUACAAGUGUUUGGCUUCGUACAAGAACGGCUGAAUAGUAGGGUUAAUGGAUGGACCUUUCGAUUUUUUACCAAGGGUGGAAAGGAGGUGAUUAUUAAAUCAGUGAUUACGGCUUUGCCAAACCAUGUGAUGUCUGUGUACCGGUUGCCGAAAGUUACAGUGAAGAAGCUCACAGGUGCAGUUGCCCAAUUUUGGUGGAGUCCAGGAGGCAGUACAAGAGGUAUGCAUUGGAAAUCAUGGGAUAAAGUGUGUGCCCAUAAAGACAGUGGUGGGUUGGGUUUUAAGGAUUUGACUGAUUUUAAUACGGCAAUGCUUGGGAAGCAGUUGUGGCGGCUGAUCGAGAAGCCAAAUUCUCUUUUUUCUCGAGUUUUCAAGGGACGGUAUUACAGGAAUUCUUCACCCCUGGAACCGAUUCGCUCAUAUUCCCCGUCAUAUGGCUGGAGGAGUAUUAUUUCUGCUAGAUCUCUGGUUUGUAAAGGACUAAUUAAAAGGGUUGGAACAGGGUCAUCUAUUUCAGUAUGGAAUGAUCCUUGGCUCCCAUCCACUCGCCCGAGACCAGCUAACAAAAACCUUCAUAAUAAUUACCCGGACCUCACAGUGGAUUCUCUCAUUAAUCCGGAAUCCCGCACAUGGAAUGUACAGGCAAUUAGAAACUUGGUGGAUCCACAAGAUGCAAAAAUAAUUGAGAGUAUACCGUUGAGUAGAAAUCAGUUGACAGAUAGGAAUGGAUGGCAUUUCACCAAGAAUGGAAAAUAUACGGUACAAUCAGGGUAUCAGGUAGAAAGGAUUUAUCCUGACAAGGAGAGACCACCUGAUUUUUAUGGUCCUAAUGUGGAUAUCCUCAAAGCAUUUUGUUGGAAGGUGAGGUGCCCUCCGAAGCUAAAGCACUUUUUAUGGCAGUUGUUGUCUGGCUGUAUAGCGGUAACGAAAAAUCUAAAAGCACGAGGGAUACAAGGAGACACCUGCUGUGCCAGGUGCGGAGAUCCGGAGGAAUCAAUAAACCAUGUGUUUUUUGAAUGUCCUCCAGCACGUCAAGUGUGGGCAUUAUCCAAGAUUCCAUCAAAUCCAAACAUCUUCCCAAUUGGCUCUCUUUUUGCUAAUAUGGACCAUCUAUUUUGGAGAAUUAAUCCAAGAAUGGAGAAUCAUCAGUUUGCAUGGAUAUUAUGGUAUAUUUGGAAGGGACGGAACAACAAAGUGUUCAGUAACCUUGACACUGAUCCAAGAGACACGCUGCGACUGGCAGAAGUUGAAUCAACACUGUGGGCUGAGGCACAGGUUAUUAAUAAUCAUAGGUUGGUACAAGAAGUACAGGUAAGGCCCGAUUUAGGGACCCUAGGAAGAUGGUGCUUCACAGACGGUUCUUGGAAAGAUAAAGAUCUAUUUUCAGGACAAGGAUGGCUUAGUACGCUACCAGGGUUUGAUAGCUUAUUGGGGGCACGAAAUGUAAGGGCAUCCCUCUCACCUCUUCAUUCGGAGAUGGAGGCAUUAAUUUGGGCAAUGGAAUGUAUGCGAAAUUUAAGGCAGUUUCAGGUUACGUUUGCAACGGAUUGUUCUCAACUGGUGAAGAUGGUUUCGGAACCAGAGGAAUGGCCAGCAUUUGAAAGCUACCUGGAAGAUAUCAAGCUUCUGCGACAAAGUUUUGUCAGCUCAGAAAUCGUUCAUGUUCCUAGGACGGAGAACAAAAGGGCGGAUAGCUUGGCACGUAGUGCUCGGCAACAAUCGUCUUUCGUCGUGCACAUGGAUGCAGAUUUACCACCUUGGUUUACAGAGUCUACAUGAGUCUGUAAAUGUUUGCUGUCAAAAAAAAAAAAAAAAAAAAACUAAGUUUUGCUAAAAUAAAAAUUAAUAAAAAUAUUAUUAAUCUUUAAAAUAUUUUUUUUUUAAAUAGGGCCCCCAAAACUUCAGGACCGGCUCUGCUGCUAUGAGGGAUGCCCUGAAGAGUCUUGGUCAUGAUCCUAACAAGAUUAAUCCACGGUUCAUUUCUGCAUACAGGUUCUUGUUGAUCUUCUGUUUGAUCACUCAGACCAAGUAUAUGGGGCAAAACCAGAAAUUUGGGGAAAAGGUAUGCAGCUAGAAUCUGACAGGAAUUGGGAAAGGUUUAUGUUUCUUAAGUGGGGUUCAUCAGCCUUUUACAACAUGUUUAUCAAUAAAGCAAGAGUUCUUGCAUUGAGGAUAAGAUCAGGGAGCGUCUCCAACGGCUAUACACAUCCCCAUGGAGGCUCAUCAGCACGAGUAAACCUAAUGCAUCUUCAAUAUAAAGGCAUGAGGUAAUGAGAGAGAGUAAGGAUAUAGAGAGAGUGAUAGAGAAAAGAUUGUAUUAGCAUAAACUUGUAUACAAUCGUUUUCUCAAGUUACAAGGAAUGUUACAGAGUGAGUCUAAGUACUAGUGAAGGGUAUUAGGCGGGUCAGUUGUAUCUCCUUGUUGUAAUCAAUGAUUCUAGUGGAUUCCGAAAAAAGUCUCGGCCAGACGUAGCUACCCUAGUUAAUGGGAGUAAACUGGUUAAAGUUGUGUGUGUGCUCUGUCUUUCAUUUCUUCUACAACCGCAAAACACCUUCUUCUCUUCCCAUGUUAUGGUUCUGUUCUUCGAGCUCAAACCAUCAGUUCCUUAUCUUGUGUUUGUUGUGUCUUUGUGUCCAACAGAAGUCAACACUCUUGAGUUGCAGUAGACUUAACAGAUAUAUUGCUAUAAGUAUCAUUCAUCUAAAAGGCUUGUUGAUCUUUUGGUCAUUUCUACCAUCACGUAACCUUGAGAUUUUAACAUUAUUAAUUAGGGAGUGAAAGCUAUUAUUGCCACGAGCUUCGAUAGAGUCCACCGUAGCAACUUAGCUAGUAUUUGGAUUGUUCCUCUGUGUUUCACAAGACAUAAUUGCGACUACGGAGACUGGCAAACCUUUUGCAUGCACUUUGCGGUUAGAUUCCAAGGUAAUAAGUAACAAACUAUUUGGACCAAGCUUUGUCUUUAAUAAUGAUUGUAAGCAUAUUUUUAAAAAGGUCUAACGUGGGGGGUUUAUGCGAAUUAUCAGUUGGAACUGGCGUACUAUGAUCAUGGCGGUAUGCUUCAGUACAUCAUCCGAAGUUUGAGCAACGAGUAAGCUUUGAUCAAUAAAGACGUACGGUACGGUCUCUUCUCUUCUUUUUUUUUUUUUUGAAGAAACAUUUUCUUAUGCAUUUAUAUCAAUAUUUUUAACAGAAUUUAUUUAUCUAUAUUAUUAUUUGCGAAGUAAGCUUUUGGAAUCGAGUUCUCAGGUUAAAAGUUAGAGCGGUUAAUAUCGUUUAUAACCUUAAUGAAUAAAAUAUAUAGCUAAAU